AUGCCACCAAAAUGGCAAUCGUUGUGUAAGGCAGCAAAUAUAGAGGAAGCCAAUAUUCGGAAUGGAAUUGUUCUUCGCAAUAUUGAAUUUGGUGAGGAAAUAAUUAUUUGUAAUGAGCCUGAAGUAUCCCUACUUGAGCCAAGCAAAAUGCAUCAGAAUGAUAAGCAAGGCCAACAGUUGGAAAAGAUACAACAAGAAUUAACUGAUAUAG